GCAGGACGCCGCAGCCGGCACACAGCCAUACGACGCCGUUCGCCGCCUCUAUCCACACCGCAUUUACCUUCUCUCUUCUUUCGCAUUCCUCUCCUCUUCUUCUCUUCUUCUCCGUUUCGUAUUCUGCUGCAACUCUCUUUCUAACCGCUUCAACGGUUCAGUCAAAUUCUCCGAUGGCGCUUCGCUUCGAGGUUCUGGGGAGAUUUAAUCGUGCUCGUGCAGCUCAACUUACACUCCCUCACUUUGUGUGUCAGACUCCUCUUUUCAUGCCUGUUGGAACUCAAGGAACUAUAAAAGGGUUGGCAACUGACCAACUUGAGGAAAUAGGUUGCCAAAUAAUUCUUGGGAAUACGUAUCAUUUGGCACUUCGUCCUACCUCUGAACUUAUUGACGACAUGGGAGGCCUCCACAAGUUUAUGAACUGGCCAAGAGCAAUGCUUACGGAUUCUGGUGGCUUUCAGAUGGUAUCCUUAUUGCAUUUAGCUGACAUCACUGAGAAGGGUGUGACAUUUCAGUCACCAGUCGAUGGAAAGCCAAUGCUUUUGACACCUGAGGAAUCAAUUCAAAUCCAAAAUAGAAUUGGAGCAGAUAUUAUAAUGGCCCUUGAUGAUGUAGUGAAAACUACUAUCACUGGUCCAAGAAUUGAGGAGGCUAUGUACCGUACUCUUCGUUGGAUUGACAGAUGUAUAGCGGCUCAUACAAGACCGAGCGAGCAGAACUUAUUUGGUAUUGUUCAAGGUGGCUUGGAUCCUGUGCUGAGGGAUAUAUGCGUCAGAGGCUUAGUAGAACGGAAUCUGCCUGGCUAUGCCAUAGGCGGUCUUGCUGGUGGUGAAAGUAAGGAUUCAUUUUGGCGUGUUGUUGCUCAGUGCACUGCUGCACUGCCUGAGGACAAGCCACGAUAUGUUAUGGGCGUUGGUUAUCCAUUGGAUAUUGUAGUUUGCAGUGCUUUAGGUGCUGACAUGUAUGACUGUGUUUAUCCAACACGUACUGCUCGCUUUGGCACAGCUCUUAUACCUGAGGGAGUGCUGAAGCUGAAGCACAAAGCUAUGGCCGAGGAUACCCGUCCUAUCGAUCCUACAUGUGCUUGCAUGGUAUGCAAGAAUUAUACUAGAGCUUACAUUCAUUGCCUAGUUACAAAAGAUGCUAUGGGAUCUCAGCUUCUGUCAUAUCACAAUCUGUAUUACAUGCUCAAGCUAAGUAGAGAUCUGCACUCAUCAAUAAUCAAAGGAACAUUUCCAAAGUUUGUAUGCAACUUUCUGCAAACAAUGUUUCCUAAAGGCGACGUUCCGGAAUGGGUCUGCGAUGCCAUGGAUGUUGCUGGAAUAGACAUCUCUUCCUGCUGUACUUCAUUUUCUUCAUCCCAAGAUUCAGAUAAGUUCACACACAACUGAGGUAGUCUUAAUGUCUUAUACAAAUUUUGAUGCAAGAGCGGCUAUACCAACAACACGAGAAAGGUUGGUAUUAACAAAAAAUGUAGACUAGGUGAGGGGAGAGCAUAAAACAUGUUCCCUCAUUUUGUAUCACUAGAAAUCAUAGGAAAGUCUCCUCUAGCAUUUUUGUUGGUUGGUUGAACGCCGAAGAAAGAAAGAAAAACUGCAAUAGAUAAACUGAUGGCAAUUCUUUUUGGAAUAACUCCAUUUUUCAUCUUCACUGCUUGUAAGAACAAUAGAAAAUCAAUGCAGUUAACAAAUUACUAA